AUGCAUAUAAAUGCCCUUGAAAUGGUAGCUGUAUCCAAACUACUGCAACGUUUCCGAUCAUGUUGUUUUGAUCCGCCCGGACAAUACCACAGUAGUCCAGCACACCAAAAAGCAAGGGGACACUCAUUCUCCACAGCUAUGUAUUCUGACGUAGCAAAUUUGGCAGUUUGCACUUCAAAACAACAUUCAGUUGAAAGUAGCAUAUGUUGCAGGGAAAUAGAACAUUCUUCCGGAUCAACUCAGCAGAUUAAAGAUUCUGUCACAAUCAGUAGUAAUGUGUCUUGUCCGGAAAAUACCGUCAAGUGUCCCAGAAGUUACUGUAUUCCUUUACGAUUUGUUUGCGAUGGGAGAAUUCAGUGUCCUGGGGGAGAAGACGAGCAUGAUUGUUAUUGUACAGACGCAAGUAGAGAGGUCAUUUUACUGAUUGAGGACACCUCAGAUGAGUCGGAAAGCAAAACUGCUGCUGUAAGCUUAGCUAAACAGUUCUUCACCAGUCGAAGUGUUGUUAGGAUACUUUUUUACAAGAGUCAACCUCGCUUAAAGGACUUUACUCUUACACACAGAGUGCUGGAAAUACAAGAAGAACGUGUCAGUCAGUUUAAAGAAAUCAAAUGUCGGUAUAAAUCAACGGCCAGAGAUUUAUUACGGAAAUUACAGUUUUCAAAAAAACAUUCAAAUGGUAUUGUUUUCAUUGAGAGUAGUAUGGAGUCGUCUAAAGUAGCACAGUUACUGCUGUCAAAUCUUUCGAAACCAGCAUUUUCAGUAUAUAGGAUCAUUAAGGACUACAGUCGUUCGCUAAAUAAACCAAAUUUCUACAAGUUUGUAAAAGAUGUUCACAUCAGCAGAUGGGACUCAUUAUUGUCAACAGGAUACAGAUUAUUUCCAGAAAUAUGCACAGAGGCUUCGCAAGUUCCCUGUUUUGGAAGAUACAGGUGCUCCUCAAGCAAGCAAUGUAUACAACUGAAAGAAGUAUGUGACGGGGUCGUGCACUGCAGUAAUGGUGAUGACGAACGGCUGUGUGGUUUUGUCUGUCCACAAAAAUGCAAAUGUAUUGGUCAAACAAUCAACUGUCAGGGGAAUGACUUCAACAUGACUGAUGUCAACACAAUGUCGAAACACACACGAAGUGCAGACUUAAGUAGGAAUUCUGGUAUUAAAGAUAUUAUAUACCGUGACAACUUAAGCUUUCCUUUCAUGUUAAGACUUAAUAUAUCUUCAUGUGAAAUUCAAAAGGUAAAUAGUAUGGCUUUCUUUCAUAUAAACAAUCUGUUAACUCUAGAUAUAGGGAACAACAAGAUCAAAGUCCUACCAGAGAAUGUAUUUGGAAAUCUACACCAUCUUGUGUUCCUAAAUUUAGACGGCAAUUUUGAGUUGACAGUAGUAUCAUCGUCAGCAUUUCGAGGUUUAAGAAAUAUCAGAAGUUUGAGAUUAUCAGGAACAAAACUAAAAAUUAUAUCUUCUUUGACAUUCUCCGGCUUGAACUUGCAAACUAUAGAUAUUUCUAACAAUAGAAUUGAGGAAAUUGAGAAUUAUGCUUUCAAUAACACUUCGGUUCAGAAGAUAAACUUCGAAGGUAACGACGUACUCAAAUUUGGUAAAUUUAUUUUCAAUGAUGUGACAUCGCUACAAGAGCUACGUACGCCCGCUUUUAAAUUCUGCUGCAUACGUCCAUGUUACAUUGGCGAGGAUAAGUGUUUCCCUUCAAAGAAUGAAUUUUCAUCGUGCGAAGACCUUAUGAGAAAUUCAGUUCUACAGGCAGUGUUAUGGCUUGUUGGGAUAGCCUCGUUAUUCGGAAACCUUGGAUCCAUUACUUAUCGACUUGUGUACGAUCGCGAAAGACUGAAAAUAGGUUAUGGAAUAUUUGUGACGAAUUUAGCAGCAGCAGAUUUCCUCAUGGGUGUGUAUCUGAUCAUAAUAGCGGUCGUCGAUUCGCUUUACAGAAACAGAUACAUUUUUAUGGAUGAUCAAUGGAGGAAAAGCGUAUGGUGUACCAUUGCUGGUGUUAUGUCGACCGUGUCUUCUGAAGCGAGUGUCCUCUUUCUUUGCCUGAUAACAUUGGACAGACUCCUGGUCAUUAAGUAUCCUUUUGGAACAAUACGAUUCGGACCACUGAAAGCUUAUAUUUGUUGUGGGUUAAGCUGGAUAACUGCCAUAGCCCUUGCAGUCAUUCCAACCAUUUACACUAGCUAUUUUCAAAGCAGAUUCUACUCUAAAACAGGCGUAUGCAUUGCAUUACCUUUAACGCGUGAUAAGCCGCCUGGCUGGAUAUACUCUGUGUCAAUAUUUGUUGGCUUAAACUUCUGCACGUUCAUUAUUGUCGCAUUUGGACAGGUAUCUAUUUUCACAGAGCUGCGAAAAGCUACAUACGGCAUAAAGAAAACCCAAAAGUCAAGGAGGCGGGAUUUACAAGUUGCCAGAAAUCUCAUUCUCGUUGCAACAACGGAUUUCCUUUGCUGGUUUCCAAUAGGAGUAAUGGAAAUUGGUUCGGCAAUUUUACAGUACAAGAAUCUGAGCUCAUCUGUACGGAUGAAACGAGAAGCCGUGUCAUUUGGUAAAACACGAAGCAUAAAAGAGGUACUGAAUGGGGAUGGAAAAUUGCCAGUUGCCACGGUUACAGUAGUGUCCUGGAAACUUGCAGACUUCAUGCGUCUGUUACAUGAGUCGUAUGUCGGUAUCGAGCAAAUAUCUGAGACAAAUACUUAUAUUGGGGUUGAUAAGAAAAAGUUUAUAAGGGUAAUUCAUAAUUUAAAUGUAUCACAUCAUUCCAGUAAAACGACAGUAAGAUAA